AUGGGUUAUUACGAUGCUAUAAGUGCUCUGAAUGUAGCGGAUGGACCUGAGCAAGUUGCCUUCACAAAAAAUCAGCUAGUCUUCUUAGCGAAGGAAGAAAUUCAACAGAGGAAAGAUAGAGAUACAUUGAAGAAAAGCGAUGAGGUAGAAGGAAGACGCGUUCCUGUGCAUGAAUAUUUGGGUCCACUCUCAGCCAAACAGGCCGAGGCGGCAGCUUUUGCAGAAUACCAUUGGGACCAUCAGUUGCUAGGGCCCUAUGUGCCAAAAUCGAAACUAGAAUCAUUAUCUGCCACGGAAUUUGCAGCGUACUUUGACAAGAGACAAUUCGAAGAGGGAAGACGUGCGUUGGAACGAGUAAGUAUGGUUCCCGCAGUGGUUCUACCGAUAAACAAUGGUCCAGGUGAGGUUGUUUACGGGGACAUGGGGGGUAGGCCACGUCAUCAACAAAGACAAUACAGACAGUGA